AUGAUGGUGUCAAGUAGCUUCUCUUUAGAAAAUGAGAAAUAUGACGACGAUGGAGUCAUCAAAAGAACUGGAACAUGGGUAACUGCAAGUGCACACAUAGUGAGUGCUGUGAUAGGAUCUGGAGUGUUGUCAUUGGCAUGGGCUAUGGCACAAUUGGGGUGGAUUGGAGGGACUGUCUCUCUCAUUGUGUUUUCACUCAUCACUCUCCUCACUUCUUGUCUCACAACUGAUUGCUACAGGUAUCCUGAUCCUGUUCAUGGCAUCAGAAAUCCUACCUACAAAAUAAUGGUAAAAAAUAUUUUAGGGGGACUUCAAUAUAAGCUUUGUGCAUUGGCUCAGUACACAAAUCUUGUGUGUGUUACCAUUGCCUUCACUCUCACAGGAUCCAUUAGCAUGGAGGCCAUAAUAAAAUCAAAUUGUUUUCAUAAGCAUGGCCAUGAAGCAGACUGCACUACAGUUACCUAUCAAUUUAUAGCCAUCUUUGGGCUCUUUCAGAUUAUACUAAGUCAAAUCCCUAAUUUCCAUGAACUUUCAUGGCUCUCUGUUGUUGCUUCUGUCAUGUCUUUUAGUUAUGCUUCCAUUGGUAUUGGUCUCUCCAUAGCAAAAAUUGCAGUCGGAGGAAACCAUGUUAAGACAGGCCUUACCGGGCUCGUUGUUGGAGUCGAUGUGACAAGUUCAGAGAAGAUAUGGAAUACCUUUCAAGCACUUGGAAACAUAGCUUCUGCAUAUGCUUUCAGUAUGGUCAUUGUUGAGAUAGAGGACACAUUAAAAUCAAGUCCACCAGAAAAUAAAGUCAUGAAGAAAUCAAACGUUGUUGGAGUUUUAAUCACCACAUUCUUUUAUGCAUUAUGUGGUCUUCUAGGUUAUGCAGCAUUUGGGAAUAAUGCACCAGGAAACUUUUUAACUGGAUUUGGAUUUUAUGAACCAUUUUGGCUAGUUGACGUUGCUAAUAUUUUCAUUAUUGUUCAUCUGGUUGGAGCUUAUCAGUUAUUUUCACAAACAAUAUAUUCUGCUGUGGAAAGUUGGAGUAGUAAGCGUUGGCCACAAAGCAAAUUGAUAACAAAAGAAUAUCCUGUGAGAAUUGUAUUGGUUGGGACUUGGAGAAUGAACGUGUUCAAGUUAAUAUGGAGGACAGUAUAUGUGAUAAUCAUAACAUUGAUUGCUAUCAUAUUUCCAUUCUUCAACAACGUUACGGGUUUGAUGGGAGCUUUAUCGUUCUUUCCAUUGACAGUGUAUUUUCCAAUAGAGAUGUACUUAAAACGAGCAAAAGUGCCUAAGUAUUCUCUUAUAUGGAUUGCAAUGAAAGUGCUAAGUGGGUUUUGUUUGAUUGUCAGUCUUGUUGCUGCAGUUGGAUCGGUUGAAGGAAUUAUCUCAAACCUUCAGACAUAUAAGCCCUUCAAGUCUUAA